UGCGGGCGGAGCCGCUCUUGCGCCGACGUCGCUGUCGUUGUCGUUCGCGUCCGGGCCGCAGCGGGAAGAUGGCGGCGGCGGGGCCGUGAGGGGCGGCGGCGGCGCAGCGCGGGGAGCGGCCGGGCCGGGCCGCCAGGGAGGAGCAGGAGGAGGCGGCGGGCGCGGCCCCCAUGGCCCCGGAGCCGCGUGUGCCCCGGGCCCGCGCCGCCCUCAGCCCCCCCUAGAGCCCGGGACACCCCCAGGGGGUGCGGCCCCACCCGGGAGAGACCCCCCCCCCGAGGGCCACAGCCUCCCCCGCCCGGAGAGAGACCCGCUGAAUCCCGCCCCACAAGGGAAAGACCCUCCCCCGCCUGGGGAGAGACCCCCCCCCAGGAGUGAGGCGACCCCUCCCCCCACCCUGAGGAGCCAGGCUCCCGACCUAGCGAGAGACCCCCACCCCCGCAGGAGCUAGGUAACCCCCCCCCGCCCAGAGGAGAGCCCCCCUCCCCCCCCCAGGGGUCAGGCUCCCUCUGCCUGGGGAGAGACCCCCCCCCCCCCCCGCCAGGCUCCCCUUCCCCCACCCAGGUCUGCCCUGUGGUGCCCAAGGUGCCCCCCCCCCCACACACACACAAAGGAGACGGAGGAGUCUCUCUGAGAGCCCCCCUGCAUUGCCAUUCGAGACCCCUGGGGCUGCCCCUCACCCCCUACCAGGGGCGCUUGCCCUCCCUGCCAGAUGCCCCCGGGACAGGUCCCAAGCCCCCUCCUGUGGCCGCCCCUCAGCCACGGGGGUUGAUCUGUGACCCCUUGAGAGGUCCCGGGGGGGCCCGGCAGCCCCCUCCUCCUCCCCCCUCUCCUCCCUUGUCCCCGUCCCCAGGCCGCGGAUCCUCCCCCGGCUUCUCUUCCCCAUUUUUCCUUCCUGAGCUGCUUUGCCAGGGCGGGGGCGCGCAGCCAGGCCCCCUCCUCCGUGGUUGUCCCCCCCCCCAGGCUCCCAGCACCCACGUCGCCGCCGGCCAGGAUGUCGGAGAACCAGGCGCACGCCCACACGAACCACCACCCGGGGGCCAACAACGCCGGGGCCGGCGCGGCAGCCGGCGGGAACAACCGGGGCGCGCGCAACCCCAACCUCAACCAGAACCCGCUCAUCAACGUGCGCGACCGCCUCUUCCACGCCCUCUUCUUCAAGAUGGCCGUCACCUACGCCCGCCUCUUCCCGCCCUCUUUCCGCCGCAUCUUCGAGUUCUUCGUGCUGCUCAAGGCCCUCUUUGUGCUCUUCAUCCUGGCUUACAUUCACAUUGCCUUCUCCCGCUCGCCCAUCAACUGCUUGGAGCAUGUGCGGGACAAGUGGCCACGUGAUGGCAUCCUGCGAGUGGAGAUCCAGCGCAACUCCAGCCGGGCCCCCAUCUUCCUGCAGUUCUGUGAAGCGGAGAAGUUCCCUGGGAUGGUGAUCGAGUCGGUGGGGGACGAUGAGGAUGAGGACGAGGAGGAAAUGACUGUGGAGAUGUUCGAGAAUAGCUCUGUUAAGUUUGAGCUGGACAUCGAGCCCAAGGUGUUCCUCAAGCCAUCACGGGUGAGCAGCACUGAGGCGCUGACCCAGGCGUCCCACAACGAAAGCCAGGAGUUCUCCUUUAGCGAGGCGCCCACUAAAGGUAUGCAGCCGCUGAGUGAGACCAUGUCCGAGUUUGAGAUGCUAGCGAGAGCAGUGUGGCCACAGGAAGAGUACAUUGUGGAGUAUUCUUUGGAGUACGGGUUCUUACGCCUGUCUCAGAGCACCCGUCAGCGCCUGAGCAUCCCGGUCAUGGUGGUGACGCUAGAUCCCACCAGGGACCAGUGCUUCGGAGACAGAUUCAGUCGCCUGUUGCUGGAUGAGUUCCUGGGCUAUGACGACAUUCUGAUGUCCAGUGUGAAAGCGUUGGCUGAAAACGAAGAGAAUAAAGGUUUCCUUCGCAACGUGGUGUCUGGGGAGCAUUACCGCUUUGUCAGCAUGUGGAUGGCCAGGACAUCAUACCUGGCAGCCUUCGUCAUCAUGGUCAUUUUCACUCUGUCCGUCUCCAUGCUGUUGCGCUACUCUCACCAUCAGAUCUUUGUCUUCAUUGUGGACCUGUUGCAGAUGCUGGAAAUGAACAUGACCAUUGCAUUCCCCGCUGCUCCCUUACUCACUGUCAUUUUGGCUCUAGUAGGCAUGGAGGCCAUCAUGUCGGAGUUCUUCAAUGACACCACCACUGCAUUCUACAUCAUCCUCAUUGUGUGGCUGGCUGAUCAGUACGACGCCAUCUGUUGCCACACUAACACUAGCAAGAGGCACUGGCUUAGGUUCUUCUACUUGUACCAUUUUGCCUUCUAUGCCUACCACUACCGCUUCAACGGACAAUACAGCAGCCUGGCUCUGGUCACCUCUUGGCUUUUCAUCCAGCAUUCCAUGAUCUACUUCUUCCACCACUAUGAGCUGCCGGCGAUCCUCCAGCAAAUCCGCAUCCAGGAGAUGCUGCUGCAGAACCAGCAGGUGGGCCAGGGCACCCAGACCACGCUGCAGGACAACCUCAACAACAACACCACGGCCGCACCCAUCGACAUGGGCACCAGGCGGCCCCACCUGCCCACUGGUCCCUCUGCUGAAAGCAGCAGCCCCAUCUCUCUGGCCCCCGGUGAAGGCCCGGGGGCUGGCGCCGCUGCGACCUCCUCUGCCAUAGCGAGCGAUCUGAACUGGGUAGCCGAGACGGCUGCCAUCAUUACGGAAGCCUCGUUCCUGUCCGACCUGAGCCUCUUGGAGCCGAACAUGGUGCACGAAGCCAUGGCCAAUAGGAGCCCGCAGGAUGCAGCCGCUGCUGCUUCGAGCUUGCUAGCCCGAAUUCGAGUCAGCAGUGAUCGUCCAGAGGCUGCUGGUGGCUCCAUCACAAUUGAAGUCACUUCGACUCCAGUGACUGCGCCAGCCGUGCCUGCUGCUGCAGAAGACGCACCGGCUCCCCCUCUUGCCGCUGCUCCCCCUACCCCAGUGCAGGAGGAUGGAGCCCCUGUCCCCAGCCCUGCCCUCCCCGAGCAAACUGAGGCUGAAGAGGGGUCUCUCAGCCAAGCAGAGCAGAGUGGCAAGGACUGUGUUGCAAGCAGCACCUGGGCAGAGGCAUCGGGGGCCUCUGUGCCAGGUACUAAACCACUCCAGCAUUUGGAUCCGAGUAGUGGGGACCCUGGGGAGACCAGCCCUUGCCCUGCAGCAGCAGGUGGGACAGCCUGCUCUGACCCAGACCGUGGGAGCCUGUCUUGAGUCCUCUCCUUCAGGGACUCCUGGCAGGCCGGAAGGGAUUUCUUUUGUUGUUUCUCAUCUCACCAUCCCAACCCGUAAUUCCUCUCAGUGGAAGCACAGCCUCUGGGGCAGAGCAAUGGUGCAGGAAAUUUCCCCCCAGAAAGUAAAUGUGCGAGAGCAAAAGGGACCGAUAAGCCUGGGGUCUUUUGUUCUCCAGCCUCCCCUGCAGCAAGGGAGAAGCCAUCCAUCCAGAGAAGCCAUUCUUCAGAGCAAGCCCCGCUUCUCUUGCACUGCGGGCAAACAGAGCUCCAGCACUGGUCAUUUUGCCUCUCUGGUGUCACACUACAGGUCUCCCUGCUCGAACCCCAGGAGGGUGGGCAGCUCUCAGGAGGGAGGGCUCCCUGUGGUACUCCCCGGCCCUGUUUGCCUUUGCCAGUGUCCUCCAGUUUGCGAUAGAAUUACUUUUUUUUUUUCUGGGUUUCAACCAAAAACAAGCAGGCGUCGCAUCAAACACAGCACGUUUUGAGAUGGGCAUAGAGGCUGGGGGAGGCUUACUGGCAGGAGUGGAAAAUCAGACCUCGGCGGUCUUCUGAAGCCACUUGCUGAAACCAAGAGCAGUUUCCUUCCAUUGCAAGAGCUAAGAAGCUGGGUGGAUGCUACUUCUACAUCUGUACUCUGGCAGUGUUUGACAGGGCCUUGGUGACUUCAUCACGUGGCCCCAUGGAUACGGGGUGUGCGUGGGGGGUGACACCUUUAGCGGCGGUGUACGUUGGCUGCCACAAAGGCAGAAUCUUCCCCUAUUUUUAGAAAGCCGUGGCAGUUGUAAGGGCUCAUUCUGCUGCCCAUUCAUUUGAGCCACAGUCAUCUGACAACAGGCUGCAGGUAAGGUUUCCUCUAGAGAUCGACUCAAGGCAGAGGGGACCGCGUCAGCAAAAUUUUCCCUUCCCCUGUACCAGAUUUAAUUACGCUAGUGAGAAGCUGGGCUCAACCUGAUCUGUCUCUGAGGAUCAUUUUGUGGCCUCUUGCCUCUGCAGUUGCCUGGCCUAUUUUUGGAGGGGUGAGAGCAGAGGUAAAGAAAAAAACCCCAACAAACCAAGUAAUGAGGUUGCUUUCCUGGCACUGUCUGGUUUUCUGAGUGCAAGAGUGGUGUUUCAGCUAGAGCUUCCUCCCUGUAUUAGAUGCACGUGACCGGGGUCAUGUUUGGAAGAGUCUGCCCAAACCCAGCUCGUUUCUCACAGCAAGGGCUCUAGGAACCCGGCCUCAACGACAUGCAGAGCAGCUAGUGCCAGGCGGGUGAUAGCUAGAAACCAGUGUGCAGCUUCACGAGCACAAGACAGCCAUCCAGCAAGCUGGCGCACCGCAGUCCUGCUGCCCGGUGCCCCUUGACACUCAGCUGCUGCUGCUUCAGUGGCUUCGCUUGUUUUUCAGUGCCUUGUCCUGUGAGCGGGACACCAUCGCAUCCUUAGAUCGGUCCCUUCCCUGAGCCUAGGAGCCCUCCUGCUGCAAGGCCGGCAGGAGGGAGGGAGUCGUUGCAGGUCGAGAACCCUUGUUCCGCGUGGGUCAGUGGGAGCGGGAAGAGCCACAACGCUAAAGCUUGGAACAAAUUUCAGGCAAACCUCCCCCAGUCCUGCCUUGGUGGUGAGGAGCUGGGACAGGAGCGGGCAGAGGUGGCCCCAAAGGCUGGCUGAUGGGUUGGAGGAGGUGACAAUGGUACAUGAGGCUUGACUGGAGCCGCGCGCAUGUGAUCAAGUGGGUUCUGCGUCACAGGAACAUCUCCCCCAGCAAGGCACCAAGAGGGAGAGAGGGUGCAUGGAAAGGCCCCAGGGGCAGGACUAUGGUGGGGCUCUAGACCCACUCUUAGGAGGGGCAGAGGCAGCUUGGGCAUGGGGAUGAUGCUGUGGGAAUGCCCAGUAGCUGUAGCCUUGUCCACAGGAGCACAGCCACGUUCGUGCAGGUGAGGGCAGACCUCCUCUCGCCUCCUGAUGCUUAUGCACCAAGACAGGUGGGCUAUAGCACCGGGGGCUGCAGGAAACCUAGCCUGCUGCUAGGGAUUUCAACCAGAGACCUCUGUUUUCUUGGCGUUUCCCACCCAGGAAGCCUGUCUUUAGGUGUCCGUCAGUGCCAAGGAGGUGGGGAGAAGGGUGCAUUAGUGACCUGCACAUUCCCUCUCCGCCGAUGCAGCUCGUCGGCAGCUAAACUCUGCCUAAGAGCUUCAGAAGUGUCGGCACGAGGCGGCAGAAAGCUGUAAGGUUUUUCACGGGGGGGCAUGCGUUGGGGAGAGGGGGGAAAGGAACCGAAUCAUUUGCUAAUGGAGAGUAGAGUUCAUUCUAUUUAAUUAAUGUACAAAAGGUGUUUGUAUAUAUAAUAAAUACUAUAUCUAACAGCU